AUGUAUCGCAUUACAAUUCCCCAAUCAAAGAUACAUGGCACAUCGCUCAUGACACAUGUCAAUACCAAACAGUUACCCCAUACUGACCAUAUGGCGAUCACUGAUGCCUAUAAAUAUCGAACUUCGAUUCCAUUACCAUACACAACAUCAAUGAUCACAAUUCAACAAGAAAAACAUCCCAAUUCUACAUACCCAACAUACACUUACAAAUCCAAGAUCUUACUCAUCAUCACCCAAUACCAUAAAACCAUGGAAACAAAUUCACCAACUUGUCUGAACAAGCUCUCACGAAUCAAUCUACCGUCUUCCUUCCACACGACCACGACCCACAAACAUCUCAUCCAACCAACACAGCACCAAACCGCGAAUCGUACCCAUCUCACCAAUCAUCAAAAUCAAGCACAAAUCCACGAUGUACAAUGGAUCACAGAAACACCGACUAAUCGAAGUAAAUCUCUGACAGAUCCUGAGAACUUACAGAGCACAAGCUAG